GGUAAGGGGAAGGGGAGGGGAGUGAGCGAGGAUGAGAAAGAGCAUACUCAUAACCUGAGAACCGUCUGUAUGAUGAAGUGUAUUGGUGUACAAGAGUGCCGCGUCGGUAUUGACCCUCGGGAAGGCACGUGUAAAAAGGCGUUGGGCGCUCAUCCGCAUAGCUGUGGCGUUCUUGGAUAUUACGAUAGAUAUAGAUGGCACGAUGACAUCUCCACUUGUAUUUCGAUAUAAUUACAA